AUGUCUACAAUCAUGCCGCAAAAUGAUCCGGUGGUCUUUACCGCGCGCGGUCUUCGACUCGAUACCCGCCUCAACGUCCUUAGGCAGGAAUUUCAUUGCCACUCAGCUAUAUUAAAGUUGAAGUCAAACUUCUUCUUCAAGUUCAUGGACUCCCCUGAUAAGGUCUUGAACAACGAAGGUCCUUUCAAAUACGAAUGGGUCUCGAGCAUUGACGAUGAUGGUACCUGGGGCUUAGUCGCUGCUGAUCCUAGCAAGGACAAGCUCCUCGCUUCCUGGACUUUGAAGGGAGACACAAACGAUGAAAUUAAGGCUUUUAUGAAUCUCCUCUACGCUAUGUAUUGUGCAACGGUGCCAGAUGAGGAUCUUCCGUGA